AUGAAGGAUUUUGGAGUAGGGACCUAUAUGGCUGUGCAGAAAAAAUGCUCUUACAAGCACAUAUUUGAGCAAAUCGUCGCUUCUGAUUGGGAUAAGAAUUGCGUUUUGAUUGAAGAUAAUGAUGGGCCUCAUGGAACCAAAGGCAAGGGAUUUAAUAAGGUCCGAGUUCAUCGUCGCAAAGGUUAUGAGGCUCGAAAUGCCCUCUCAAAGACCCAAUUCAAACUGAAGCGCCAAAAUCAAUCAAUACAUGUGUACAGAGUAAUUGGAUGGAAUUUCAAGGGUCAGCUCUACUUCUAUACUGGCUCUGGUAUAGGGGGACGCCUUGUUCAAGCUGAUUAUAUGGUUAUUCUUGAGCAAAUCGUCGCUCCUGAUUGGGAUAAGAGUUGCGUUUUGAUCGAAGAUAAUGAUGGGCCUCAUGGAACCAAAGGCAAGGGAUUUAAUAAGGUUAAAGCUCUCAAAGACCAUCUUGGUAUCCAAUACCAUCUUGGUAUCCAAUGGGAAUCAAAUCCUCCGAAUUCGCCAGAUCUCAACCCUAUUGAGACCAUUUGGAGGAUAAUCAAGCAGAGGUUGAAGUCCAGGGGGGUCAUCUUCGAAGAAGCCAUUCUGCGCCGCGCCAUCCAAGAGGAGUGGGAUAAAAUAACCAUUGAGGAGAUUAAUAGGGCUAUCUCAACGAUGCCAGAUAGAGUAGCUGCCCUAAACGAGCGAAAUGGGCGCCCUAUCCCCUAUUAA